CUCUCUCUCUCUCACACACACACAGAGAAUUGUACUUUUUCUUAUAUAUAUAUGUACCUGAAGGCAGUGAUGAAAAGGGGUUAUACUAUGGGGUGAAUCUGAACAAAUUUCUUUAUUUUGCGAGCACAACUUGGAGGGAAGGACGAACCAGCAUCGGAAUUGCAUAGAGAGGAGGUUUCUAUUCCUUCCAACUUGAUGACUGGCAAUUUUAAGGAAUUAUUCAAUUACAUUGCAUUGAAGAUAGAAAAUUUCAUUUCAAUAAAUACUGUGACUACUUGCGAUAUGGAAGAAGUACAACAAAAGUUGUGAUUUACCAUAUUAUCUCCGGUGGACCAAGCUGCAACAUCCUCAGGCAUGGCCAUUGAUUGGAAGAGUUUUUCGGUGGAUGAAACAAACCAGCACAAUCAGUAUCCAAGUGGCAUGGCACUUCACAACAUAAUGAGUUUCUUUGUCACAAUAACAGGGAGCUGUGAAGAUAUUUUUUGUUCUGGAAUGGUUGAGGCUUUUGCUCCGAAGAGGUUUUGUCCUGCCAUGCUCGAAGCUUUGCUCCUGGACUUGAUUCGCUCCUGGACUGAUGGGAGUUUUUGCAUUAUUUUGGUUUAUGUUUGUGUUCUGUUCUGUUAUGGAAAGGUGUUCUGGCCUUUUCUUUGCUUCUUGUAAUGUUUUGCUUUGUGAAUAAAUAAAAUUUUUCUUUAA